AUGACGACGAUCCCAAGCCGCUUGGCUCAGACCACAGCCAUCUCUAGGACGCUCGAGGAGGCUCGAAAGCGAUCCACAGCGCUGUACCGCAACUUCUAUCGAUCGGCCCCCGAGAUCUGCGCUUUGUACGCGCUCGAUGUGCCUCCUUCCACACUCCGUGCCAAAUUCCGCACGCAGUUCGAGAAGAACAAGACGGUGAGCGACCUUGCAGUGCUCGACUUGAUGCUUCUCAAGGCACAACAGGAGUACCAGGAGACGAUGAACGGUUGGAAGCAGAUUCCUCACAUCAUGAAGUGGUUUGCAGAAGAGGAGGGACCGGCACGACCCGAAAGCUUCUUGGACAAGUUCUACGCCUCUCGAGACGAAGGACGAGGACCGAUUGGCACCGGCGGCCUGUGCUCUCCGAGCGGCCUCGAGAUAGGGAAAAGAGCCAUGCUUGAAGCCAAGAACCACCACAUCUCGGCAGAGCAUCUGCUCGCGUCCAAGAUCGGCAAAGUGGCGCACCAUGCCAGGGAUUCGACUGCGAUCCCGGACAGCCAUCGAUCUAUGAAGCGGGAAGCCCACAAGCUCUAUAAGAGGUGGAACUCCAUCGUUUGGAGGCACGUGAAGGAGCUUCAGCGAUAA